CGCAGUCGCGGGCGGGCGGGCGGAGGAGGUGGUGCCGUCUCGCGAGUCGCAGUGUCGGCGUGUCACAAUGCCGAGGGAGAUCGAGCUGUGCCCCGGGCGGCGCGUCGGCGGCGACCAGCCGUGCUUCAUCAUCGCCGAGAUCGGGCAGAACCACCAGGGCGACCUGGAGAUCGCCAAGCGCAUGAUCCGCAUGGCCAAGGAAUGUGGAGCAGACUGUGCUAAGUUCCAGAAGAGUGAACUGGAGUACAAAUUCAACAAGAAAGCCUUAGAAAGGCCCUACACCUCUAAACACUCCUGGGGAAAGACCUAUGGGGAGCACAAGCGCCACUUGGAGUUUAGCCAUGACCAAUACAGAGAGCUAAAGAAGUAUGCAGAGGAGAUUGGCAUUUUCUUCACAGCUUCUGGCAUGGAUGAGAUGGCUGUGGAAUUUCUUCAUGAGCUGGAUGUUCCAUUUUUCAAAGUAGGAUCAGGAGAUACAAAUAAUUUUCCAUAUUUGGAAAAGACUGCAAAGAAGGGUCGCCCAAUGGUGAUUUCCAGCGGCAUGCAGUCCAUGAACACAAUGCAUCAGGUUUAUCAGAUUGUGAAGCCCAUCAAUCCAAACUUCUGCUUCCUGCAGUGCACCAGUGCUUACCCACUUCAGCCAGAGGAUGUCAAUCUCCGUGUUAUAUCGGCGUAUCAGUCAGCUUUUCCUGAUAUCCCCAUCGGCUAUUCGGGACAUGAAACUGGCAUAGCCAUUUCAGUGGCAGCUGUUGCUAUGGGUGCUAAAGUAGUGGAACGCCACGUGACCCUUGACAAAACAUGGAAAGGAAGCGACCACCAGGCAUCUCUGGAGCCAGAUGAACUGGUGGAGUUGGUGAAAGCCAUCCGUACUGUGGAAAAAGCAAUGGGUUCUCCAAUCAAACAACUCUUGCCCUGUGAAAUGGCUUGCAAUGAAAAGCUGGGAAAGUCUGUUGUGGCGAAAGUGGCAAUUCCUGAAGGUGCCGUCCUGACACUCGACAUGCUGACCGUGAAGGUGGGAGAGCCGAAGGGAUUUCCCCCAGAAUCCAUCUUUGAUCUGGUGGGCCAGAAGGUUAAAAAAAGUAUCGAAGAAGAUGAAACCAUCACUGAGCAAGUAGUGGAAAAUCAUGUAAAAAAAGUGAAGUGCUAAACCAAAGCACUCCACUCCAUGUUUCAUGAUGUACUACUGCACAGCAUAUUUAAGUGUAGCAAAGAAAGGGGCAUAAUUAUGGGGAUCCAAGCAGGUUAGCAUUUUCAGGUUCUCAUUAGUAGGAAGUUUCUGAAGCAAGGGGAUAUAAAGUAUGAAGAGCAUUUUAUUAGAAACUGUAUAGCAUUGUGCCUAGGAAAUACCGUGCUCCUCCCUUCUCCAUUCCACUUAACUUAGAUUAAUUCGGAGUUCUGCCAAAUCUGAGACCACAGUCUGUGAUUUCUGGCUUCCCUUUCUGUUAAGAAUACAGUAAAUCAUAAGAAUUUUUCGUACUAGAAAACUUUCUACUAGAACAACUUCUGAGUUGUUCUAACCCCUUAUCUUUUGAUAUUCCUUUCUUUUCUGCCCACUUGCCUCACCCCUGUAAUAGCAGGACUCUAUCUGGAGUUGAAGGCAGCUAAGUGAAAGUUCACAUACCCUGAACAGAAAACUACACAUGCAACCUGAUGAAUUUUUCUCGAGAUGAAAGCCUUAAGAUGAAAAGACUUGUGAUAAAACAGUGGGUUGCAGGAAUCUGCACUCUGUGGGAAAAUGGGCUUCUUGAGAAAUGUUUUCAAGAGACAGUACCAAGAAAGGAAGCAUACUGGAUAUGUAGAAUGGUCCCAUUUAAGGGGCAAGAGAACCUUUUUGUGAACUGAAAGGCAGGAGGGCAAGCCAGACAGAUUAAGCAGGUGAGAAAAGUAGCUCUGACAUGAAUCAGUGGAAAUAAACUUAACCUAUGCUUUAAAA